AUCUGAUACAGUACCAUGAAGACAUUUGGUAUCUUCCUUCUUAUAGGCUUUCUUGUCCUUUGGUCAGAGAUAUCAUCUGCAUCUGGAACAAGGAUUUUCAGAGAGAAACCAGGAUUCUGUCCAUUUAUUCGUGAAAAAUGUCGGAUGCUCAAUCCACCCAAUGACUGUGAUUAUGACUUUCAAUGCAGUGGCUACCUGAAGUGUUGUGAAGGGAUAUGUGGGAGGGAGUGCCUUCCACCAGUAUAUGGAUAAUGACCUGCUACUCUGAAGGAUACCUAACAUCAACAGUGCUUCACCCACGCACAUUCUUGCGGUGAAGAGUCAACAGCCAAAUAUUCAACUCAUCUGCAGAAGGAAAAUCCAUUUAGAUUAUUUGUUGAUUGGCAUCUUCAAAAGACAGCCAACAUGCUGUAGGUGGACUAGUGAUGUUUACUUAAUGCUAACAGGCUAAUCUACUUCAAAAGGCUGUUGUGAAGAAAGAAAUUAUAAUGUACAUGUUUGAACUACCAGAGGAAAAGUGAGAUAGGAAUGAAAUAAAUAAACACCUAUGCAUAUGCAUACAUACAUAACACAUCCACCAUGAAUAUAUUCAUUGACCCAUAUCUAUUGCAAACCACAAGAAUUUAAAAUACGAGGCAAAAUAAAACAACAAUAUAAAAAAUUA